AGGUGUGGUUUUGGUGGGAUUUGGUGCUCUUGGAUAGAACAUUGCAUUUCUUUGGUGCGGUUCUUGAUUUUGAUCAAUAGUUCUCCUAAUGGCUUUUUAGCAGUUCCAGGGGUUUGAGACAAGGGGACCCCCACUUUCCUCUGCUGUUUGUUUUUGUGAUGGAAGCUUUAAGUAGGAUGAUUUUGGCGGCAGUUAAUAGGGGGCUAAUAGAAGGUUUCCAGGUUAACUUGGCCAAGUCGGUGUUAAUUCUAGUGGGGAAUGUGGAGCAAGUGGACAGGUUAGCCGGUAUUCUAGGGUGUGGGGUUGCUUCUUUGCCAGUAAAGUACCUUGGUCUGCGGCUGGGGGCCUCUUGUAAGGCUAAGCAUAUUUGGGAUGGAGUUAUCGAGAAGAUAGAAUGUCGGUUGGCCGGUUGGAAAAUGUUGUAUUUGUCGAAGGGUGGAAGAGUCACGCUUAUCACACUCUCGCCAACUUGCCUACUUACUAUUUGUCUCUUUUCCCUAUUCCGGUUAGUGUUGUUAAGCGGAUUGAGAAGCUGCAGCAGGAUUUUUUAUGGGGUGGUCUAGGUGAAGAGAGGUGGUCGAAGGUUUGCACUCCAAUUAAGAAGGGCGGUUUGGGUAUCAGAAACUUAAUGGUAUUCAACCGCGCCCUGUUAGGGAAAUGGUUGUGGCGCUAU